CGUAGCGUCCCCGUUGCCAUGGCUCCCGAAUCCCGGUGCGGACGCGCAGAGGCGUGACUGGGAGCGGGAGCCGAGUCUCCGGGUCCACGUCGAGUUUCCCGUGCCCGCGAACCCGAGAGGCGCCAUGGGCCGGAUCACAGAAGAUCUUAUUAGACGGAAUGCUGAACACAAUGACUGUGUGAUUUUCUCCCUGGAGGAACUCUCCUUGCAUCAGCAAGAAAUAGAGAGACUAGAACAUAUCGACAAAUGGUGCCGGGAUUUAAAAAUCCUGUACCUUCAAAAUAAUCUCAUAGGAAAAAUUGAAAAUGUUAGCAAACUCAAGAAACUUGAAUAUUUGAAUUUAGCUUUAAACAACAUUGAAAAAGUUGAAAAUUUGGAAGGAUGUGAAGGGCUGACAAAACUUGAUUUGACCAUAAAUUUCAUUGGAGAGCUGAGCAGCAUUAAAACCCUUCGACACAACAUCCACCUGAAGGAGCUCUUUCUCAUGGGCAACCCAUGUGCCGACUUUGAUGGCUACAGGCAGUUUGUGGUGGCAACUCUGCAACAAUUAAAGUGGUUGGACGGUAAAGAAAUAGAGCGUUCAGAAAGGAUUCAGGCAUUGCAGAACUUUCCAGUAAUCGAGCAACAAAUCAGAGAGCAGGAGAAAGCUUACUGCCUGAAACGAGCCAAAGACAAGGAAGAGGCUCAGAGGAAACUGCAAGAGGAUGCAGACGAAGGCAAGAAGGAGAGAAGUCAGCCAGGCUUCGAUGGACGCUGGUACACAGACAUCGGUGCUCCUCUCCCAUCUUCUGUCGAGAGCAAAGACCUCCAGGCACCAGAAAUACAGGAAGGGGAAUGCAACAGAAAGAAAGUAGAGGACGAGGAGGAUGACCUGGAAUUCUGGAAUAAGCCCUCUCUGUUUACCCCUGAAUCCAGAUUGGAAACUCUUAGACAUAUGGAAAAACAACGGAAAGCCCAAGAAAAAUUAAGUGACAAAAAGAAGAAAGUGAAACCAGCCAGGACCUUGAUAACUGAAGACGGGAAAGCCCUGAAUGUAAAUGAGCCCAAACUUGACUUCUCUUUGAAAGAUGAUGAAAAGCGUAAGCAGAUCGUCCUGGACCUAGCCGUGUACAGGUAUCUGGAUACGUCUUUGAUCGACGUUGAUGUGCGGCCAACGUACGUGCGAGUGCUCGUCAAGGGGAAGCCAUUUCAGCUUGUCCUUCCUGCAGAAGUCAAACCUGAUAGCAGCUCUGCUAAAAGAUCCCAGACCACAGGGCAUUUGGUGAUUUGCAUGCCCAAGGUAGACGAAGUAAUCACAGGUUGCCCGCCAGCAUCCAAGCCUGUGGCAAGUACCUUGGACAGCAGCAGAGAGCGAAAGACCGAAAGAAGCAGGCACACUGAGAAACUGGAAGUAGACCCUAGCAAGCGUUCCUUCCCUGAUGUGGCCAACAUAGUUCAAGAGAAAAAACACACGCCCAGAAGAGUUCGAUCUGAACCCAAAAUUACACCAACUGAGGAAGAUCCCGACUUUGAAGAUAACCCUGAAGUGCCUCCAUUGAUUUGAAACUUCAGGCUGCAUGGACCGUGACCCGCCAGGCCCGUUUGGCUCAGCGCGGAGAAUGUGUGCAUCUCACGUACGGGGGCCACAGAGUUCUUUAUCAAUAUUACGACUCCAGGGUUUUAGCUCCUACUUUCUACAGCAAUACUCUUUAACUAGUUUAAAAUUAAAAUGUGUAUCUUAAAAAUGCUAUAACCAUCAUUUGUCUAUAAUAAAGUGUUGGCUAGUGAAAAUGUUCAGUAAAUCCUAGAAGUGUUACACAAAGACGUGGAUUAUAAAUCACAGAACCGACUGCUUAUGCAGACAGAUGAAAUCACAGAUGAAAGGACUGAUUAUUCAAUUAGUACUUCAGCAAAUUGGUCAAGCUCGGGAAUUCAAACUGUAGUUUCAGAUCAAAUUGGAAUGCCUCAAUAUGAUUUUAAGCUCUGUCGCUUUGUAAAGACCUGCAGCAAGUCCUUUAACGUCGCUGAGCCUCUGUUUGGGGAGUUUGCCUUACGUGUAGGUUUGUCUCGGCAUGAGCCAUGUCAAGUGCCCGGUAUGGUGUCCUUGUGCACUUUCUCCUUCUCCUCCUCUCCCUUCUCCUCCCCUGCUCCUGCUUUCCAAAGACACUAUCGGAAAAAUCAGUGUCACUCUGAUCAUGGUAUACUAGCAUUUCAAUCCGGCUUCCCCAAACCUGCAUUCAGCAAAUACUCACCAAGCAGCUACCGAGUCCUCGGAACCACUCUGUUCAUCAAGGGUUCAGUGGUAACAAAGCAGCGAAAUUACACACUUGUGCUGUGUCAGUGGUGACAGAGCUGUGAGGGAGGGUCAGAGUGAAGGGGUCAGGGGUGAUGGGCGCUUUUCAGACGGAGCCUUCUAGGAAGCCCUUCCUAAUAAGCUAACGUUUUAACAGAGAACCAAAAUGUAUCAGUCAGGGUUCAGGUGCAAAAACUGAGCUGCUGUAAAUAUGAUGGGGAAGAAGGAAUUGAUUAUAGGAAUUUGACUUUACGAACACAUGGGAGGAGCUGGGAAAUGGAGUUCUAGAAGGGAGAGAUGGAUAAAUGGAGAGAGAGGUGCAGUGGACAAUUGCAAGCCUGCACAGAGUCUGAGAAGCAAAGCAUAUCUGGAUGCUGAGGUGGGGCCACGAGCGGGGAGCUUAUGGAGAGCUCUGUGGAAAUUACCCACUCUGCUGAAAUGGUUGCCUCUGUGUAGCUGCUGCCUCAUGGGUCCACAGCCAAGCUCCUGGUGGGUGGGUGUGGGGCCAGCCUUGGUCAGCAGGCCUGCAGUAAGAAAGAUGGGAGGGAUGCAGAGUUGAGGAGAGUGAGGCAAGCUGGGCCCGCUGGCUCCUCCUCAUCAGUUCAUCACCGUGUCCGACUGCAUCGACCAUCAGAGUGGAACACCUGCUUCCCUUCCACCUCCCAGACCUAUGCAGGUUCCUCUUUUGGCCAGCUCUGCCCAGUAACCAUGCAGGGAAGGGGAUUCUGGAAAGCAUCCUUCCCAGCCUUAGCCAAGAUGAUGUUUCCCAAUCCAACAGAGUCCAGCUCUUACCAACCUGGCAAACACGUACAUUUGUCAGGACUAUGGUUAACUUCCGCAUGAAGACAGAGCAGAAUUGAUUCUGAUUAACUUAAUGCCGUUAUCCCUUGAACAACCAAAAAACAUACUAUUAUGAACCGAAUGUUUGUGUCUCCUCCUGUAUUCACAGGUGGAAACCCUAACCCCUAAUGUGAUGGUAUAUGGAGGUGGGGCUUUGGGGAGAUAAUCAGGUUUAGUUGAGGUCGUGAGGAUGGGACCCCCAUAGUGGAAUCAGUGUGCUUUUGAGAAGAGGAAGAGAGACCACAGCUCACUCUCUAGCACGUGAAGACACAGCAAGGAGGCAGCCACAGGCCAGCCAGGAAGAGUCUCACCGGGAACCUAUUCAGCCAUCACCUUGCUCUUGGACUCCCAGCCUCCAGAACUGUGAGAAAUGAAUGUGUGUUGUUAAGCCACUCAGUCUGUGGUAUUUUGUUAUGGCAGCCCCAGCCUCCUCAGAAAGGACACACAGUUUCCCGUAUACCACCUCACCAUCUUUGGGUGAUGGUUAUUCCUCUUCUAGAGGAUUCUCACUCUCCUUUUGAUAUCCUGUGGAUUAAAUAUUGACAUAAGAAGUUGCCCACUAUUAACACAUCUUAUAUUAGAAUGAGGAAAGGAAAACAAAGAUAAGGGAUUUCAAUAUAUGGAUAAAAUCUACAUAUGCAUAUGUAGAGAUAGACGCUUGUAAAUGAAUAUAUUCUUGUCAAAGCAAGGAAGAAAUACCAUCAUUGGAAUGGCUCUUGUUUUUGGAGCUGGUUGUAGCUCGUGGCUGAUAUUUACAGCUUCCUUCUUACACUGCCUAUUCCACGGUACCUUUGCCCUCAGUAAGCACCUAAGCUGGUGAUAGUUCCUUGCCUGGUGGGGUGCCCCAACCUUCAUCCCUGCAGAUUCUGUGCCAUUAGCUAUCCUGCCUGUAUUGGGUUAUUUAGUUUCUUGUUGACUGUUGUCACAGAACUCAGAAGUACUAAGAUGCCCGAGUAUCAUCUGCAUUUUGAUCAUACUCUUCCAUUUUCCAGUCCCGGCCCCACCUCUACCCCUUGAAUAGCAGCCAUUCCAUUUUCCUGUGAUAGUCAGUCACCCCAGCCAGCACAGUCACUUCCUUCAUGGUCUCUUGGUUCACUGGAACAUAGGAACCCAGAUGGCCAGCUUGGUCUCAACUUCCCAUUAGAAGGCAGCCCUGCUGUGUUCUCCAAUGGAAGCAUCUUGCCGUUGGAACAAGUGCCUUUAAACCAGCAGGGCCCGAAGUUGCAGGAACAGGAGUAAAACUUUGGGCGGUUAAUUGUUAGGGUAAUAGUAAGAGGAGCCUCUCCCAUUUUGAUCCCUUGAUCCCAGCUCUGUGUAUCUUGGCUAUGGGAGAAGAGCACCAUGUAUCGGACAGGGAUUCAAAGCAUAUACUUCAUCCUAGAGGCCAGUCCCUUACCCACACAAAGUAUUAUCACCAAGCUGGUACUGUAGUUGAGUCUUCAAAAGGCUACUUCAUUGUUCUCUCAGGCCGGCUGCGCCAGGGGGUUGAUGAACAUUGGUAAGGUCCAGUGGAUUCCGUGUAUAAAACUCUGUUGGCAUCCUUCAUUUGCUUUAAGAAUGAAUUCCCUGGUCAGAGAUGAUGCUCAAUGACAUACUAUGGCAGUGAAAAUGGCAUUGAUUCUGUAAGUCCACACAUGGUGGUUUGGGCAGAAGCAUUGUAGAGAAGAAAGGCAGACUCAUAUUCAGAAUUAGUGUGUGUUCCAACGAGAACAAAGUGCUGCUGCUUCCAUGACGGAAGUGUUCCAGUGCAGUCAGCAUGCCAACAGCUGGAUGGAUGGUCCCUAGGGCAUUGUGCCAUGGAAGGGGUCCACUGUUGGUUUCUGCCACUGUCACAUUGGUCACUGUGGAUGUUUGAAAAUGUGUCUGAAAAUUAUUGACACUCCUUCUGUCAAGAGAUGGAGCCUCUGCCCUCUCAUCUUGAAUGUGAGCUAAACUUAGUGACUUGCUUCUAACCAAUAGAAUAGUGAUAAAAUGAGGCUACGUGACCAUCAGGGCUAGACCUCAUAAGGCCAUACCACCUCCCCUUGAUUCUCUUGGGGCAUCCAGCAGCUGUGUAAGAAGUCCAGCUUCCUUGGGACUGCCAUACUGGAGACACCACAAGUCGGCAUUCCUGUCAGCAGCCCAGCAGCCCUCAGGCAUUAACUUCCAGGAGUGUGCCAUCUUUGAUGUCCAGUCCUGGCCAACCUCUGGCUGCAACUGCAUGGGACACACUCAGUGAAAACUGCCCAGCCGAGCCUUCCCACAACCAGACCCACAGUACUGUGAGCAAAAUAUGAUGGUUGUUUUAAUCCAUGGAACUGAGGACAAUUUGUUCUGCAGCAGCAGCAACCAGAACAUAAUUUGGCACCUGGAAGUGGAGCGCUACCAACUAAAACCUAAGACAUGCGGUCCUUGCUUGGGACCAGGGAGCUGUCAGAAGCUGGAGGGACCUCGAGGAGGUCUGAGCCAGGCUGGGUCCUCCUGGAAGGAUCUCCAGGACACCAAGAGAGAGUUAGAAGUGCGAGAGCUUUAUUAGUGGUGAUGCCUGGAAACAAUGAAGAGAGACAGCAGUAGGAAGGGAAGGCAUUUAUACUCUAGAUUUUAGAAACAGGCUUGACACCUGUAAAAUGAGGGGGAAGGAAGAGGUAGGAGGAUUGGCUCAAAAGGAGCCUCAGGUGGCAGCACAGCUCUCAGAAGGUCUCAGCCAGCCCAACAGGGAGCUCAGCACGAGACUGUGCACAGAAGACGGGCAUGUUGGACAGAAGUAGCCAAGCUCGGCUCCCCUGCCUCAGUCAGCUGU